AUCUCGCCAAAAAAACCACCCCUCCUAAGGGAUCUCCCUAAAGAUCCCGACGAUGUGGUUGCGUCACGCUACAAGAUCAGUUCAGCUAGUUCAGCUAGAUGCUAGUCAUCCCGUUCCACGACUACCGCACAACUACCCGCUGCUACACCAUGGCGUUGGGACUAGCCCAGACUAGGCAAAGAUGAACGAGACAACCCUUUGGGAUGAGGGUGGGCGCAACUGAACAACGACGCCUCGUCGGCUCAUUUUGUGCGACCUUCACCAUUUACGUCGGAGAAAAGCGAUGCGAUUACGCAUGGCCCCAGCUGGUAAUUAUAUUAAAAGUGGAGCGGUAUGUCCUGUAGACAACUCCAGCCGAGGAUAAGCAAAUCCAGUGAACUUUUAGGCACUCAAAUUGACCGAGACCAACUACUGAAGCGGAAAAAUCAAUGAACCUCCUUGGCUUGCAUCAUCUGCGACGGAUAUCUCUACCAAGCCUGUUCAAGGGCUGGCACACGGACUGGCACUUGGGCACUGCCCAUCUCGGUUCCAAAGCGCGAGCGCUGUCUUGGCGGCUGCUGGGAUUUGUACCGCUCAUAUUCUUCACUGCUCUAGUCUCGCAGUUUUUCCCUGAAAUGCAGCAUACCCCCCAGCGUGCCCCAGGCCCGAGUAGCGGUCCUGAGGUCGAAGACGGGUCUGGAAGUUUGUCGGAUAGGACGAGUGGUUCAGAGGCUGACGAACGUAGACUCGUUCGGCCGAGGGCGGCGGGAUGGAGUGCCAUCUUUCAAAGGCUAGACAAUAAGACUUUGGAGGAGAUCCCCCCCGUCGACUCAGCUCACUGCUGAGUCGAACGCAAACGGCGGAGCUACGAGUCAAGUGGAAACUGGCAACUUUUUAAGGGUCGACUCGGGUAUUAGACAAGACUGGCCUGUGACGUGAGCUUAAGAAGUCACAGUUCAUUGUUAUUGACCGG